AUGGAAUCAGUUAAUUUUAAGCCGCUUUACGGAACAGAAACACGAACUAAAGCGGUAGAAUGCAUUUUAGAGCCACUGUUCACAAAAGUGAAGUGUUUUGCGAGGAGAGGUCACAUGAAAGGUUCUUACCGUCUUAAGUCAAAACCACAGGAGGAUAUUUUGUCUAGUGUCAAAGAGGUUAUUCAGCUGCUUAGUGACGAUUUCAGUGUUGUCCAGAGUGUUCCCUCAUUAUCGUCAGAUUUUUUAACCGCUAAAACAGAUGUUAUUGAUACUGGGCAGUAUUUUUAUUCUUCAGUUUCCAGUUUUUUGUCUGACCCUGCAAAUGAAUCCCAUCAGAGUGGUGUUUGUCGAUCUAUCAAUGCCCUUUUGGCUGCUUUGAGCAGACUACUUAUACUAGCUGAUAUAGCAGACUCAUUGGUUCUUAACCAGCAGUUCGAGGCCGUCCUCAGUGGUAUUACGGAAUUCCAGUCAGUCUCUUCACACGCGGAACUGAGUCGUUUGUGGAAUACCUUUUACCCUCAUGUAUUACAACUUAUCAGCUUGUCAAAGAAACGUGCAUCUGAUCUAAUUGAUCUUGAAGACCGCAGAAAAAUUGAGUCUGCCAACUACGUGCUUAAAAAUAAUACGCCUUUAUUACAUACAUCUUGUAAGGUGUGUUUACGCUAUCCUGAUAAUCUCAUUCCAAGAGAUUCAAGAACUUUUGUUUCGAAUUCUCUUUCGGAUGCAGUAGAGUUAAUUCAAUCAGUCUUUAAUGGAAUUUCCAAAUCCAAUGGUAUCCGGUUACGAACUUCUGGAAAACUUUUAGAAGCUUUAGAUGAGUUUGAAAAUAGUCUAUUUACUAAUCCGGAUCGAAAAUCGACUGUACACAUACAAGAGCAUAUUCAGUUUUCGUUGAACGGACUAUUGUCAUCAGUUUAUAAGUUGGUGGAUUCAUCGAAAUUAAAUUCAAAACGACGUUCUGCUAUUGAUGAGUAUUGUACUCAGCUUAAAAAUAUUACACCUGAAUUAAUAUCAGAAUAUUCUAAGAAAACAGUUGACGUUAGAGCAACAGAGAAAAUUAUACAGAAAUUAUUAAAAAUUAUCAAUUCAUUGAAACAGCUACUUAUUCGUUGUGCUAUUGAUUCAACAUCAAAUGCUUUUAUGGCUAAAGAAACUUGUUUAAUGGCAUUGAAUGAUGCAACAAAAUUUGGAUGUGAUCAACGCAUUGAUGCAGCUUGUCAAUUAUUUCAGAAGCGUUCUGUAUCUAUGAUAUCAUCUGCUUAUCAGUUAUGUUCAUUGAGUACAGAUGAAGAAUGUUGCAGCAAAAUCCAAUUAGCGUGUCAACAAAUUGAACAACUUGUUCCACAGUUAAUUAAUAUAGCUUAUUUAUUAUUUAAAUAUCCAUCUUCUAAGUCUGUUGAAUUAAAUUAUGAAGCAUUUCGUAAGGUAUAUGAAGAAUCGGUCAACUUACUGUAUUCAUGUGUUAAUGAGUUAGUUGGUAUGCAUGAUUUCUUAGCUGUAUCCGAUGAUUUAAUGUUGUUGGAAUAUCAAAAAUCUAUUCGUGCUUUAUCGGAUAAAGAUGAAUUAAGCGUUCAACAAACAUCAACAUCAAUGCAACAACGUUCAGCUUAUAUUUGUGAAGUAAUAUUAAAUAAAAUGAUUGCACGAACUGAGAACAAUGAGUAUGUUGAUCAGGUGAUGGAAAAAGUUACAUUAAUACGUGAUCAAUAUACUCCAGAUUUUGUGAAUAUCGCACGUAAUACACUUAGUCGUUUAGCUGCUGGCCAGUCAGUCGAUGAGAAAGCCUAUCGCUAUUCAGGUCAUGCUUUAUGCAGUGGUGUACAUGAUCUACGAUUAACUGUUUUAAAUGAAUGUGAUCUACCAUUUGAUAAUGAUAUUGAGUCAUUAAAUUUACAAGACAUUCACGGUAAUGUUGAUAAUCUUCAACCAUCGUCGUCUUCUCUACCUCAUCUGCCUUCACCUCCUCUCCCUCAUAAUAAUUAUUAUCAUCGUCAUCGUGAUCAACAUUCCAAUGACAAUGAACAAAUAGGAGUUUCAGUCAGUUCAAUGAAAGAUAAACAGAAAUCAAUAAGAGAAAUGGACAGAGUCAAUUCAAUGUUAGAAAAUAAUUCCACUUCUAAUUAUAACCACAAAUCUCAUUCAUUUAAACAAUCCACUGGAGAUAUUCAUGCAUCACAAGAAAAUCAAUUAUCUGAAAGAAAUGAAGUUUUCUCUGUAUUGACAAAUCCACAACGUGAAACAAUGGCUGAAGAGUUAGCUGGAUUUCUAGCGGAAAAAAAACGUUUUAUGCGUGAAAUAGUUAAAUGGGAUGAUUCUGCUAAUGAUAUUAUUGUAUUAGCUAAGAAAAUGUGUGUAAUUAUGAUGGAAAUGACAGAUUUUAUACGUGGUAAAGGUCCAUUACAAUCUACAUUGGAUGUUAUUGAGGCAGCUCAAGAAAUAUCGGAACAUGGUAAACGUCUAAAUAGUCUAUGCCGACGUAUUGCAGAUAUGUGUCCAGAUUCAGCUAGUCGACGAGAUUUAUCUGCCUAUUUACAACGAGUUACAUUCUAUUGCCAUCAACUAAGUAUUACUAGUCGAGUGAAAGCUGGUGUUCACAUGCUCAGUGAUGAAAUUUUUGAAAGUGCAACUUCACUAAUACAAGCUGCUAAAAAUCUAAUGACAUCAGUUGUUUUAACAGUGAAAGAAAGUUAUAUAGCAUCAACUAAAUAUCGUAAUAGUUCUAAUCAACGUUGUAUAGUUCAAUGGCAAAUGCGUACACCAGAAAAAAAGUCAUUAGUAUCAGAUUAUUUAAAAAAUUCUUCAAUAUAUAAUCGUGAUUAUUUAUUUGACGAGUUGAAUUCACAUCAUCCAGAUGCAUUGAAUGAAUUAUCACAAUUUAAACAUCCACCUAAUUCAUAA